AUGACUCAGUGUACUUCCUGUUCUUCACUACUAAGUACAAGCAAAACCAGUGUCAGCGUCACCAUGGAUGACGAACCGCUUGACAAAAUUGAGGCUCCCAUAUCUAUCUAUCUAUUUAUCUAUGUCUUUUCAUUAUUUAUCUGUUUAUCUAAAUCGCUCUCUAUGUGUCUUUCUUUCUUUCUUUCUUUCUUUCUAUCUAUCUAUCUAUAUUCAUAUCUGUCUAUCCUAGCUAGCUAUCCCAGUCUGGCCAUAUCUAUCUAUCUAUCUAUCUAUCUAUCUAUCUAUCUAUCUAUCUAUCUAUCUAAGACAAUUCAUUCUCUAUCUGUCUGCUCCCAUAUCUAUCUAUCUAUCUAUCUAUCUAUCUAUCUAUCUAUCUAUCUAUCUAUCUAUCUAUUCUAUGUCUAUCUAUCUAUCUAUCUAUCUAUCUAUCUAUCUAUCUAUCUAUCUAUCUAUCUAAAUCUAUUCAUAUCUAAAUCUAUUUACUAUCUAUCUCUAAGUCUAUGUCUAUCUAUCUAUCUAUCUAUCUAUCUAUGUUCUAUGUCUAUCUAUCUAUCUAUCUAUCUAAAUCUAUUCAUAUCUAAAUCUAUUUGUAUAUAUCUGAGUCUAUCCAUAUCUAUCUAUCUAUCUAUCUAUCUAUCUAUCUAUCUAUCUAUCUAUCUAUCUAUCUAUCUAUUCAUAUCUAAAUCUAUUUGUAUAUAUCUGAGUCUAUCCAUAUCUAUCUAUCUAUCUAUCUAUCUAUCUAUCUAUCUAUCUAUCUAUCUAUUCAUAUCUAAAUCUAUUUGUAUAUAUCUGAGUCUAUCCAUAUCUAUCUAUCUAUCUAUCUAUCUAUCUAUCUAUCUCUCUCUCUCUCUCUCUCUCUCUCUCUCUCUAUAUAUAUAUAUAUAUAUAUAUAUAUAUAUUCUAUGUCUAUGUAAUAUCUAUCUAUCUAUCUAUCUAUCUAUCUAUCUAUCUAUCUAUCUAUCUAUCUCCACCCACUUAGACUCUCAACCCAGAAAUUUUACGGAAACAACGUGUGUUAAUCACAACCGCUUUCAGAAUAACUCAACAAUUCCUAACACUGACAACGUUUAUUCUUGGAUGCGUUUCUUUAAAAGAAAGCGAAGUCCUUAA